AUGGCUGACGAUGAUAACUUCGAUAUCGACAUUUACGGCGAUGAUACCUACCAGGAGCCGACCGCUCAGCAAGACACAGACAUAACCGACGCCAAUGCGGCGAACCCAAGUCCAAAUGCUGUCGAAUCCACUAAUGCGACUGUCAGUAGCAAGGGUGGAGGCGUUGAGUCAUCGGCUGCACAGGACGGGUCGGGCGAUGCAACAAAUGGGGAUGCGCAUGCUGGCAAUGAUGUUCAGCAGAUUGCAAGUACUGGCGGAUCGGCUCACAACCAAGACGUCCACAGACAGGCACCUCAACAGCAGGGCACGAAACGCAAACAGGGCGAUGACGAUGACCGACCGACCGACCCAGGCGCUACAGCUGCGUUGAUGAUCAACGAUCUCAACUGGUGGAUAGGUGAAGAGGAUAUCCGUGGAUGGGCAAACCAAAGCGGUUGCGAGGACGAACUCGUUGAACUCACCUUCAACGAGCACAAGGUCAAUGGAAAGAGCAAAGGUCAAGUUUACAUCCAACUGCAAUCACCGCAGGCAGCGACUGCCCUAAAACACCAGAUCGAGCAGCUCUUCAAAGAUCAGGCUCAUGCAAAGAAACCUACAGCUAUCUUUAACCUUCCAGAUAACAACCCGUUCAAGACAUCGCCCAAGGAGGUCCCACCGCGUGAGAAGAAGAGUUACAACGAUCGCGCUCCAACCAACAACUAUCACAAUCAGAACGGCGGCAACUACAAUCGCUUCAACAACAACAGAGGCAACUUUGGGAACCGCGGUGGAAAUAUGGGCUACCAAAACCGUAACUUCCCCACCCCUGCAGCUGGCAACAUGGGCGGGAACAUGGGCGGCUACGGCGCACAGGCACCUAUGAACAACUUCGGCGGUGGUAACAUGGCCGCGGGUAUGAACAACUUCGGAGGGGGCUUCAAUCGCGGCGGCAUGAUGGGCGGUGGUAUGCGAGGCGGCAUGAACAACCGUGGUGGCGGUCGAGGUGGCAUGGCUAUGACUCCUAUGGGCGGAAUGGGCAUGCCAAUGGGCGGAAACAUGAUGGGCAUGGGCGCUGGGAUGAUGGGCAUGGGCGCAAAUAUGGGGAUGAUGGGAGGGAUGGGAGGGAUGGCACCAGGAUUCGGCGGAGGCGGCUACCAACCGAACUUCAAUCCAGCUUUUAACCAGAAUCAAGGCGGAAACGACGGCAGCUGGAACCCUCACGGCGCUAAGAGGCCACGGCCCGAGUGA